AUGGCGAUAUGCGACAAGUGGGUCGCGAUCAAGAUACUGGAGUUUUUGUUGUGCGUGGCGUGCCUGGUGGCUAAGCGCGUGUCUACUGAUGACGAGGCGCGUCUCGCUCUGCUUCUACAGAAGUUGUCCCGGGAAUGGUCUCUACUGACGUCUGUCACCUGGGAUUCCAAUGGAGGGGCAUUUGCUGACGCGGUUUAUGGAGGUUACGUUGUAAUAACCUUCGCCUUAAUCAUCGGCCGAGUGUUCCAAGAGAUACCGAGGGGGCGGAGGAUAUUGGAAGGCAUUUUUCUGGGCUUCGGAUUGAUAUUCUUCCUUAUUUUGGGUGGUCUAGAGUUGGCGUCUUUAGAUUCAGUACCAAAUAAUUUAAUAGUGAACGCCUCUGUACUGGGGUCGCUGUCUCUGGCGGUAGCGGUUCUAUUCCUCAUAGAUCUCAUGGGCCCCAGGGUGUACACCGCCACGCGACCCUCACAGACGGACAAAACAUCACAAGAGAUAGAGAAGAAGAUAGCUGUUGUGACGGAAACUAAAACCAACGGCCACGUACCGAAUGGAAAGCAGAAUGGACACGUACCAGCUGACAGACCCAAGGACUUGGAUCUAGACGAUGAAAACAAUACAAAUAAACAUGACGCCAAAGACGAGACCGACUUGUUCGACGAACCUAAACGAUAUACGAAGCUAGACGACCUCCCCAUAGAAAAGGUCCUGGAGAGGUCAAAGUUCGGGUCACUACGAAACGGAAUAGAGUCGGGGAACUACGUCAGAUUAUCAGACCCCCUCGCGCCGCUCACGAUACCAGAUAGACUGCACUACGAACAGGAGUUGGCGAAAUUCAACGAGAAGUAUCUAAGAGAGUACAUGGACUACGGCCCGGGCAGGCUCGCUGUUAAAGAAAACUACCUGCCUGAACUACAGACACCGGUGUUCUCUAAGAUAAACAAGACGGGAAAGACGAAGAGCUCAUACGACGAGCAGCCGCCCAGCUACGAGCAGAAGAGACCGUCCAAGUCUCCCACACGAGCCAGGAUAGUGCCAUCACCCACCAUACAACAACUAGAGGAUUACUUGAAGAGUUCCAACAGACUCAAACGAGCUGACACUCCCGCUAUGUUCCCUAUGGAGCCUAUAGAAGAGAGGGACCGAGAGCCCCAAGACAUAGAAGGCCGGGCCUCUGGCACCCCCACGGACCCGGGGUACGUGCAGUAUACUGCCGGUAGAUGGCCCGACAAGACCCGGGAAAUACGGACCCCAAGACACAGCCCUACUGAGUGA